AUGGCAGAAGACGAGAUUGUGUACCAUUAUUUCCUAGAACUAUGGGUAGAUAUGUGGUUCUACACGUUUUCCGUCGGGCUAUCAAAGUUCGUCAUACUAGGCUUCUACUGGAGAACAUUUGGUCUUUCCGUCAUCCGACAGCCUAUCAGAAUCCUGUUCGUCUGCUCGGCAUGCUGGAUCAUUGUCAGGGUUGUCCUCAUCACGAUGCAAUGUCAGCCGAUCCAGAAGUUCUGGCACAAAGACAUCCCAGGCAAGUGCACAUUGCCGCCGAUGAUGUCGCUCUUUGCUGCGGCCAUUCCUCAUUUCAUUCUUGAGGUCGCGAUAUUACUCUGUCCGCUCUAUGAGAUAUCCAGACUGCAUAUCUCGACAGCACGCAAGGUUGCUGUGGCGGCAAUGUUCGCGGCUGGCCUAUUGGUCUGCGGCUCAGCACUCGGUACCAUUGCUCACACUGUUGCCCUUGGAAGAAACCCCCAUCCAGAUCUCACAUACGACGGCAUCGACGACCAGAUAUGGGCAGUAUGCGAUGUGAACCUGGCAUCCUUUGCAAGUCAGUCAUAUACGAUGAAUCUUUUCCUCGAACCAAGUCGCUGA